AUGUCGUUGGAUGACGUAUUCAAUCAGAUAUCGAAGGUAUCUCUCUUUACUCGACCGACAGAAACAAAACUCCCAGUGAGGGCCCGAAAGGACAAGAAAGGAAAAUCCACGAAAAAGAAAAAAGGCAGAUGGAAUCAUCUUGACCAAAACUCAGGAAAAGAUUCCGAAGAUGAAGACGCCCCCAUCUUAGCUGUUUUACCCAGAAAGCCACCCCCUCGGGGUUCCCCUCAGCCGAAAUUUUCUUCAUCACGAGAUUCUGUCUCAAAGGGGGCUUCUAGUGAAACUGAGCCAUCUACUCCUCAGGCUGCCUUGCAGCAGCUGCUCUCGGAUACAGCUGGCUCUAUGGGUAUUGCCGCCUGGAGUCCUCCUAAGGGUGAUGCCCCUCAGGAGUCAACGGAGAGCCCCCCACCGACUGUAGAGGAGGCCCCCAUAUUGUCACAAAAAGGUUCUCGUAGCGCUUUGGAAGAUCUGCUACAGCAGGCGAGCGCAAAUGCAGCUUCUGCUGCACGCCGCAAGAAGGCGCACCGGGGGAACUUUCAAUUGGGUAAGAAAAACUCCCAGGUGCGUCAGAAAGGGAGUAAAACAGGAGAGGACGACGAGCCUAUCCUUGCCGUAUUGCCGAGGAGGCCUCCAACUCCUCAUUUGCCCACCUCUGUUCAAGGAAACUUUAAGUCUAUCCCAGGGAACCCCCUAAACCAGGAAGCCUCGCCACAGGAGGCCUUGCAGCAGCUGCUAGCCAACUCUAUGGGCGCUUCCUCCUGGGCUGAACUAGAGAGUAGCAAAAAAACUGAAGCGGCAGAUGGAAUUCAGGAGGAUUCAGAAGAAGGAAACACAACACAAGCUGCAAACGUGGCCCCCGCUGGGGGCUCCCUGCCUCAGUCACUACAGAGGCGCAGCUCUUCUGAUGCGCCCUCGGGGCCCCAGUCUACAGGCACACAUGAGGCCAAGGUCCCUGAAGAGGCAGCAGAAAAUGCAGAAUCAACCAAUGAAGAGUCAACCGUAGCCCCACGGACAGCAGCAGCAGCAGCAGCUGCGUGGGACAUGAGGAAAGCCAUCCUUGCUGCCCGCAAGGCGGCAGAGGCAGCAAAAGCAGCAAGAGCUGCAGCUACAUCAGCCAAAGGAAUAUCAGGUAAGAAUGCAUGUUGCUGCUGA